AUGAUGAUCAUAAUACAUCACCCGCAUGGCGGUAUCGUCAGCGGCCGGGCACAACAGUCACAAGCACACGGAGAAGUCUCAGAGUUGAACUUGAGUCAGGCUAUCAUAACACUCGCAGCUGGUCCACUUAAGCCUGACACAGGUCGAGAUAUGCUACUUAUUGGUUCUCCUACGCAAAUAUUAGCAUAUGAUGUUCACGACAAUACAGACCUUUUCUUCAAAGAAGCUCCUGAUGGCGUUAAUGUAAUCAUCGCAGGCAACUUUGGAAAGUACACAGAGAUGUUGGCUAUUGUCGGAGGAAAUAGUUCAGUACAAGCCAUUAACUGGGAAGGGAAUGAGGUCUUCUGGAAUGUUGUUAGCGGGAAAGUUAGCUCUAUGAUCACGUUUGAUUUUGACAAAGAUGGUGAGAAUGAGCUACUCAUUGGUUGUGACGAUUCAUUCAUAAGGGUGUUAAAGAAUAACCAGUUUAUAACGGAGAUAUCGGAGACGGGUCCAAUAUUAUGUCUGUCUCCCAUAAAUGAAGUCAGAUUCGCCUAUGGCUUAGCGAACGGGACUAUUGGAAUCUAUGAAGAGGGAAUACGACUUUGGCGAGUCAAGUCGAAACAAAAUGUAUUGGCUCUCCAAUGGUCUGGGGAGACUCUGGCAUGUUGCUGGUCUAACGGUCGUGUAGACUGGCGCGAAGGUACCACUGGACGGGUACUCCGACGUAUUCAAAUGCGUGCCAAUGCAGCUGCCAUGUUGCUGGCUGACUACCGCUGUGUUGGUGCUCCAGACUUGGUCUGUGUUUCUGAUCGCGGCGAGGUCUUAGGAUAUCCCCCUUAUCAAGAGAAAACAGGCUUCAACGCUAUCUCAAAAAACGUUUCAUCUGGAGAAGAGCACAUGGCUAUCACAGAAUUAUUUAACAAGAAACAAGCACUACUGGUAGAACUGCAGCAUUACGAAGCUAAUGCUGCAAGCGGCAGUGUUAGUUUGGAGUCUUUGGAAAAGCCAUUAAGUGCAAUGCCUACUAAUACUCGCCUGCAAGUGGCAUUAGUCCAUGCUCUUGAUGAGGGUUGCAUUCAGUUGGCAAUAUCUACUAAUAACGACACCAUAGUGCGAGUUGCUCUUGUAUUGGCCGAGGGUAUAUUUGAGACUGGUGAGACAUUCGCCCGUCAUCCAGCACCGUCACACCUACGGCCUUUAUUGCAUGUGCCACUCAGGCCACCAAGAGAUGUGCCCGUCGAUAUUCACAUCAAGGCCCUCGUUGGAUAUCCGGACAGUGAACAAUUUCAUAUUUUCGAGCUAACGAAACAGCUUCCAAGGUUUUCUAUGUACCAAUUAGCACCUAAUACAUUGGCAAACCAAGGAAAUCAUUACGUCACAUUUCGAAUCACAGAAAGGGUGCAGAGAAUUUGUAUUUGGUUAAAUCAAAAUUUUCUGCUAGAUGAGGAGUUCGAACUAGAGACAGAGGAAACUAAAGACCUCCAUGCUCAUUUCAUUUGUCUGAGGGACCAGUCACAUUUAUAUUUGGACUUUUGGGCCGAUGGAAGUGUGAAGUUCAGUACACAUGAUAUCAGGUUGGCAGGCGACUUAAUACAGAGUCUAGCUGUUUAUUUGAAUCUGACCGAUUUGCAGGUGAGUUAA